UGCGUGGUUACCAAGCAAGUCAGCGAAACAUGGCGGAUCAGUCCGAUGUUGCAGCUAAUUAUGAUGAAGCCAUUAUGGCCCAAGUUGACAACAUUCAAAAAGAGAUAGCACAAAUUCAACCACUUGUUGGUGAUAAACUGGAUAUCAACUUUUUACAAAAGGAAUAUGCUAUAGAUGACUUUGUAUACCAAACAAAAAUAAAGGAUCUAAGCUUGAAUUACUCACAUGUGCGGAAGACUAGAGGUGAUGGUAACUGCUUCUAUAGAGCCUUUGGAUUUGCCUACUUUGAGGAACUGAUUGGCAAUCAAUUAGAAUUUGACAGAUUUAAAACAUUAGCUUCACAAAGUAAAGAUGAACUUGUUUCAAUGGGAUUCCCAUCAUUUACAAUAGAGGACUUUCAUCAAAUUUUCAUGGAAACAAUUGAAGCUGUUGGAAAAAGUCAGUCUGUGGAAGAAUUAUUACAGACAUUUCAAGAUGAAGGACUUUCAAACUAUAUUGUUGUGUAUUUACGACUCCUAACAUCUGCACAACUUCAAAAGAAAUCUGAUUUUUUUGAGAACUUUAUUGAGGGAGGAAGGACAGUACAAGAAUUCCGCAGCCAGGAAGUCGAGCCUAUGGCCAAAGAAAGUGAUCAGAUUCAUAUCAUAGCUUUGACUGAUGCACUUGGUGUUUGUGUGCGUGUUGUCUAUAUGGACAGAGGUGGGAACUCGUCUGUCAAUCAUCAUGACUUUCCAGAAGAUGGGUCCCAGCCUUUGGUUAAUUUACUAUACAGGCCUGGUCACUAUGAUAUUUUGUAUCAAAAACUAUAACAUUUCUUUAAAAGAAACUAUUUUUUAUUUACCCUCAAAUUCAGUUACUUGUAGAAUAUUUAUUAAGAAUAUCUUAAUGCAGUUUGUACAGAUUUAUGAAUAA